CGAAAUCGAGAGGCGACGCUCGACAGCAGACGCGAGACUGGAGUGUUGGUAGAGGGAUCGAAGUCCAAGAAUUUCUGGAACCAUGCAGCUUUUUGCCGCUCUCUUCUGUGCUCUCUCUGCCUUUGUGACAUUCGGAGAGUCGGCCACGUUUCAAGCUCUCCUCGUCCAAGACCCGUUCGUGCCCUAUCCACUGGUGUAUGCCGUUCCCUCUUGGGACGGGGAAGACGAAGCUCUGAGACUGCGGCGUUCACCAGAUCAUCAUCGUGGCCAUCAGCCUGUAGUGGCAGGGCCUGGGUUCGGUGGAGUCAGCGGCAGCAAGUCUGAGGCCUCAAGUAGUUCUGGGAGUUCCUCAUUUGGCGGACACGGACAUGGAGGUUCUGGUAGCCAGUCUGGAGCAUCCAGUAGUGCUGGAAGCCAGGCUGGAGCAAUAGGAGGAAAACCAGGGUUUGGCGUUGGAGGAGGACCAGGGAUCGGGGGUGGUAGAAUUCAUGAUGUAAGUCCAGGCAUUGGAGGAGGACCAGGACUAGGUGGUAAAGGCCAUGGUGGAAUUGUCGGCGGAGUUGGAGGUAGCCAAUCUUCCAGCAGCGCUAGAAGCGAAAGUCAUUCUGAAGGAGGAUUGGGAGGUUCCGGAAGUUCUUCUUCUUCUCAGAGCAGCGGCAGCAGCAGCAGUGGAGGUGGCUUGGGAGGCAGUGGCAGUCAGUCGAGUUCUUCAAGCGUCGCUUCUUCCGGGAGUAGCGGUCAUGGUACCAAAAGUUUGUCUUCCAGUCAGUCCAGCUCUUCAAGCAAGUCUUUUGGCCACGGCAUAUAAAACAACUUACUAAACAGUAGCGUGCUUAAUUAAAACUGCAGCAGUUUGCAUCCAUGAACCGCAAGAUCGAUCACUUGGGCGGCAACAUAUAUCGAUUGCCUCUUAUUCUACAUGUCAGCUAUUUUCUAUUGCUACAAAGAAUGGUCUUCCAGGGCAGGGGCGAGAAGAUAACAUAACAAAAUUCACAUACAUAAUUCUUGAAUACUUUAAAUGUAGAAAACAUAUGGAAUAAAAUGAAAGGAGCCUACAAAUAUAUCAGUGUUUAUUUGAGUAGUUACAACUUUUGGAAAUUUACACUAAGAGGAGAAGCACGUAAGUCAGUUUUUAAAACUUUUACACUUUAUUUGUACAAGGAACUGAAUAAUUAGAGAAGUGUAACGACCACACACAGUGCUUACAAACUGAGGGUUCUUAAGUAUAAUUAAUAUUAAAAACUGUAUAGUAUAUACGCAAAACAAGAGGGAUAUGAAAAUUACAACCAAUAGGAUUCAAUUAACAUGACUCUAUUUGCAACCACGUUCAUUUCUUGAAAUGUAAAUUCGAAAUACUGGAACUGAAAUUUGCAUCUUUCACAUUUACACUCCAUUGUACACUGCAUAGUUACUACAAUACAAAUACGCCCUUUCUAACGAAUUGAAUAGGUGGCAUAAAACCCUAUAAGUCGUUAAUGAAUCCUGAAUAAACAUAAGCAAUGUCAACAAUUAUGUACAUUAAUUUUAUACUGAACAAAUUUAAAUAACGUAAUAUUUUUAUAACAUGCGUUAUUACUGCCUCUCAAUUCAUUUCUUGCAGGUUCAAUGCUGGAUUUCAUUUUAAAAAUGUGAUCCUAUAUUGAUCAUAUUCAUAUGUAAGGUAUAAAUGUUAUUGAUGAAAAUCCAACAAUAGACAAUUUUUAGAUUUUGAGAGAUCGCGGAAGAGAUUUCUUCCAGCGACCUUCUCAGAUAACAAAAA